AUCGUGCUUCAUGGGGCUGGGUGUGCUAUGGUUUUCUUGAUCAGUUCUAGGUGGUCCGCUACGUGGAUGCCCCCGUAGUUACGUUUACGCCCUAUUCGGUCGCUGGCCGCUGGUUUCGGCUCGCGCUCAUCUCGAGUCGUUGCAAGCCGGCCUGUUGCAGCGUGAUCAAGCUGGAUGUACCAUGACAUAUACCUAUGUAUUGGCGAUCUGGAAUGAUUAUUAUCUUCUAUAUAUAUACUUGUGCUCUCCACCGUCCCUGUCCCUCAUGUGUUUGUUUGCGAAUAUAUAUCGAAUCCAACUGUCGGUGUAUCUUGCCUAACGCGUAAUCGAGCGAACCGGUGACCGCCCGGGUGUGUGCCCGUCCCCCGACGACCCGACAUCUUCAACUGAAUCACGUUUGAUUGCAGAACCAUAUGUUCAAAAGAAUGGCCCUCCUAUUCGCAGUAAUAGCACACUGCCCGUCAUGCCGCCAUCCCACAGCACUCGAGUGGUGCUCGCAGAGCGUCCGACGGCGCAGGUAACACCUUCGACGUUCCGCCGGGAGGUCGUGCCGUUUGACUUCAAGGCGGGUCCUGGAGAGGUGGUCGUCAAGGUCGAAUAUGUCUCGAUUGACCCGGCCAUGCGAGGCUGGCUAAAUGAUCGGAGGAGCUACGUUGAACCCGUGAAGAUUGGCGAGGUUAUGCGGGCACUUGGACUGGGUGAGGUGGUUCAGGCCGGGGAGGGGAGCGGGCUCGUCCCGGGAGACCGCGUCACUGGAACGCUCGGAUGGCAGGAGUAUGUUGUGCUGGAUAGCAAGGCGGUGCGGAAGGUAGAUGUGCCCCGCGGGGCGGAAUUCCUGGACUUCCUGGGGCCGCUGAGCAUGACUGGCUUCACCGCGUUUGUGGGCCUCCUGGACAUUGGUCAACUUAAGGCGGGCGAGACCCUCGUCGUCUCCGGUGCAGCAGGUGCGACCGGUUCGAUCGUCUGCCAAAUCGGCAAGCAGAAGGGCGCGAAGGUCUACGCCAUCGCGGGGUCGCCGGAGAAGUGCGCCUGGCUCGAGAAGGAGCUUGGCGUGGACAAGGCGCUGAACUACAAGAGCCCGACGUUCCGUGACGACUUUAAGAAGCACGUCGGGUACUUCGACGUGUUCUUCGAUAACGUGGGCGGGGAGAUCCUGGACUUCUCGCUGUCGAGGAUGAAGAAGAACGCUCGGAUUGUGUUCUGUGGCGCUAUCUCAGAUUAUAACGGCAAGCCGAAGGGCCUAACAGGGUACCUCAACCUUAUCUCACAGCGAGCAAGAAUCGAGGGCUUCAUUGUUUUCGACCACGCAGACCGCUUCCCAGCCGCAUUGCAGUAUUUCGGAGAGAUGCUUGCAGAAGGCAGUCUGAAGCGCAAGUUCCAUAUUGUGGAGGGAGUCGAGAACGCACCUUCGGCGAUGAACCUGCUGUUCACAGGUGGCAACACGGGAAAGCUUGUUGUGAAGAUUGCGAAAGAUUCGAAGGCGAAGCUCUGAGCCAUGGAAUACCCAGAUUGCUUCGCCGAAUAUCAUGUCUAUAUUGACCUAUGAGUCUUCUCUUUAAGAUAUU